UAUGAUGCGUAAUUUCGCCACCCGCACAGUGUUUUAUCAGAUACGAAGCGUAGGCUACUUACUCUUUGUUCACCAAGGAUUGUAGGGACAGAAAUUGUUGUCAGUGAAAAUGUUGUUUUAAUUAUUUUUACCAGCUGAAAUGAACGUGUAUUGGAUAUGGGCGAGAGAACACCGGAAAUUCUUUAUAAUCGCUGCUGGUCUUUAGUGCCUUUACCAUAGAGACGCUCAGAAACCCGUGCCCUGGAAAUGAACAGCCAUGGAAAAUAGUUAAUAGUUAAUUCUGUAAUAAACAACUAAUAAAAGGACCGUAUUUAUGGUGUGCUGUGAAAGUUUAGUGAGGAGCUUCGUGAUAACAGCGCCGCCAGGCAGGCAUGAGCAGAGCCGAUCCUGCAGAAAAUGAGGAUUGGACGUGAGCUACGUGCGCAUCCAGGAGUAGACGACAUGACAUGGAGAGACUGGAAAACACGGACCUUUUAAAAACGCACGGACGCGAGAGUAUCUGCUCCCCGCAAGAGAGAGUCACCAAUGGCUGUUGUGAUGCUCACGCAGUGAAUACAAUGGUUGUGAACGCGACCACAGCAGAGGAGCUGCUGGCUGGACAUGCGUCUUCUGGACCCGGGAUCACGCUUCUGAAGGAGUCCAAGAGCGGCUUGCCUUUGUAUAACAGUGGAGGAGUGGUGUCCCCUUCACCUACAGCAGAGGAAAGUUAUCGUGAGGUCCCUGCGCAGACGCAAAGCGGGUGUUUACAUCUAAAUGGACUGGUGGAGACCCCCAAUGGGGGCCUCACAGCUAAUGGGGACAGGACUUUGGACAGGCCUUUGAAGAAGCCUUGUGGAGAUGUGCGAUUCAGACAACUCCAGCAUCAGAGGAGAAAAGAUGAGGAAAACAGAGACUUUGGGGCCCAGGGUGGUUGUCCCGCAUCGGGGUCCGGAUCUAGCGGCUCUUCGGAAACGUCCCACGGACCGGACCCUUCUUAUCCUCCGCUUGAAUGCAAAAGGAGAAGGCUUGAAUUGGACUCCAAAACAGACUCUAGUAAAAGCACACGGGCUGUUGCGCCCCUUGCAGCAAAUCACCAACACAAAAACUGUGGCGACUCCGUGUCGUCGCCCGGUUGGGUCUAUCACAAUGGACACAAAGUUGCAGUGAACCAGGCCGAGGUGCACUCUGCUCCGCCUGCGGUAGCCACCAUUGCAGAUUGGUCUCCAGAGCACAUGGCUCAGCAGUACAUAGUUCCUUGCAUGAAGUUUUACGGCAUUUGCGUCAAAGAUGGCUUCCUGGGUGAUCGACUGGGCAGUAAGGUUCUGGAGGAAGUGGAGACUCUAAAUCACAAUGGGAAGUUCAGAGGCGGCCAGUUGGUCAGCCAAAAGAACAUCCCCUCUAAGAACAUCCGUGGAGACCAGAUAGCCUGGGUUGGAGGCAACGAGCCGGGCUGUGAGAACAUCGUGAGCCUCAUGGCUCACAUUGAUGAGGCCAUCAUGCGCAGUGCGGCCAAUGGACAGCUGGGGAAUUAUGUCAUAAACGGCCGCACCAAGCCUGAGAAAUGCAGUUUAUCCCAGUCCAUUUAUCUGAUCCCAGAUCAGUGUUUCUCUGGCUUUGAAGGCUCAUCUGAGGCUCAACCACUCAACACUGAGCAUCAGCAGUAA